AUGGACGAGGUUCCAGCUGCGGCAUCCAAGGAGUCUUAUCACGACUGGUCAGUUCGUGAGCUGGAGCGUUUGCUAUCGGUAGCCUUGACUCUCGCAAAAGGCCAGCAACCUCUAUGUAUCUUUAUUGACGGUCUCGAUGAAUUCGUCGACUACGGUGGCGGGGAGAAUCUCAUCCAGAAGAUUCUCAAUCUCAAACAAUUUGAAAGAGUCAAGAUAUGUGUUGCCAGCCGCGCAGAACCUCUGUUGAGGGAACAGCUCGACACAGUGCCUCAUCUCAGACUACACGAUCUAACAGCUCCAGAGAUGAGGCAAUGGGUCCAGGAGAAGUUCAUAAGCCUCGAAACAGAGGGGAAGUUGCAAAGUAGGCUUUCAUUGAGACUGACAGAUAUGCUUCUCCAGAAGGCAGAGGGGGUAUUCCUCUGGAUCCGAGUAGCAACACAGAGCGUCAUGAGAGGUGUGAAGAACGAAGACUCGGAGAAAGUAUUAGUCUCGCGACUUGAACAACUUCCGGAGAGGCUCGAGGACCUAUAUUACGACAUGUGGAAGCGACUUGGCGAGGAUGAGUCUAUCUAUCGAACAUCAGCAGCCACAUAUCUACGUUUCGUGAUUGCAGAUCAGUCAUUGAGGAAGCGCCUAAAAUCAUUUGCUCCUUCUUUUGGCAACCUCAAUACUAUGCAACUUGCAUGUGCGAUUCAGCCGGAUUUCCAACGAGAACUAUCGACGAUUGAUGAAGACAUGGACUACGAGAGGCUGAGGGUAAUUUCUGACACGAUAGAAAGCGAGAUCCGCACGCAAUGUGCUGGAUUGCUUGAACUACGUUCCAUGGAUGUAGGAGCAAUCUACAGUUGUCAAAUGUUUGAAACUCCGACCUUCGCGAUGGAAGCGAACGGGAUUGUCUUCAUUCACCGCACAGCACAUGAUUUUCUCACGGAUACAGAAUCAGGCCAAAAGAUCCUCAGCUAUAGCAAAAUUCCAAACAUUGACAUGGAGUUCCUGCUGACGGGAGGCUACUUGUGCUUUCUGCGGCUGCUUUCAAACAUGUUCAACGGGCCCUUUCUAGUGCGUUUUGCUCUGAAGGGGCUGACACCGCUUUCAGUACAUCAAGGUUCCGACGAGGGUAUGAAAAGAGUCAAGGAUCUUCUAUCAAUAGUGGAAAGUUUCUAUAAUGCCGGAGCUUUGCACAGUGGCUUUCCCCAAUGGCCACAGCCCUCGUUUCUUGCCGCCAUAGCAGAUUUCUGGGCAAUCUUCGAGUGGGCGAUACAGGAUGUGCAUACUGAGUCAGCCACUGCUUGCAUACAAUCAAUGCCCUGGGACUACCUGUUCCUGACCUCGAAGAAUGACUUUUGGCUAGGCCUACAGAUGCUCAUUUCGGAGGGCGCUGAUCCCUGUGCUAUUACCUCAUACGUGGCUUUUAUCACUUCAAAAAUUCAUUAUGGCAUGCGAACGACCGCUCUAUGGGACCUACUAUAUGCAUGUCUAAUGGAGAGGCCGGCGGAUCGGAUAAAUGACUGGUUAGGGAUGGCGUCUACAAAAAAGGCUAUCUCUGGAAUGCUAGAGAAAUGUACCAGAGUUGAACAUUGCAGCUUCCUAUCACCCCGAUAUUCCACGCAAGACCAUGGGGAUUCUUUCACAGAGGUGGUGUAUGAAGAACUCCCCCUGUCCAUAAGUAGGGGAUUUAUAUAUCCCGUCCUGCUAGUCAACAUGUCGUAUCUGGUCGAGAUGUUUAUAAACUUCUCAUCUCUAUACGAUCCGACGGCACGGAAUCACCACCGGUUGACUCGUCCGGAGCUCAACAAUUCAAAACCUGACCUACGCUUUGUUGCUGUUGAGACUCGCGGCAACGCUCUGAAGUGGUUUCGAGUCAUUGAUCAAGAACCGUUCGAAGACUUAGUCAAUAUAAUGGGAGUGCGCAUUAGAGAAGGACACGAGUUAUCACACUUCCCCGAAUGGUAUGAGAGAGUUUCUCUUUUGAUUGGUAAUAAGAACGUCCUUCAAGAAGUGGAGGAGACAGAUGUUCUAGAGACUUCAGUGUCUGGAAAACGACUCGGGAAAUGCACGUCGGAAGAACUGGGGCUUUUGAAUUCUGAAGAGCUGUAG